AUGGACCGGCCACACCGCCUGGCCCCGCCCCGCAGGGCAGGGCGGGGUCUCUCCCGGAGCCUGCACACUGGGGCCCUCAGCAGUCCCGCCUGCAGUUCCCGGGCUGGAAUUGUCUGCUUGCUUCCCUGCUCUGUGCUCUUCGCCUUCGCCCUGCACAACACUUUGGGGAUGGAGCCGCGCACCCUGGAGCUGUUCUACGACGUUCUGUCCCCCUACUCCUGGCUGGGAUUUGAGGUCCUAUGCAGGUACCAGCACCUCUGGAAUGUCAAGCUGCAGUUGCGUCCCACGCUCAUCGCUGGGGUCAUGAGUGACUGCGGAAACAACUCUCCAGCUAUGCUUCCCAGGAAAGGCCAGUACUUGAGCAACGAGAUUCCUCUCCUGGGACAACACUUCCAGGUUCCCAUCAGUGUGCCCAAGGAUUUCUUCGGUGUGAUUCUUAAAAAAGGAACUUUAAAUGCCAUGCGCUUCCUCACCGCUGUGAGCAUGGAACAACCAGAGAUGCUGGAGAACGUGUCGAGAGAGUUAUGGAUGCGCAUUUGGUCUCGAGAUGAAGAUAUCACAGAGUCCCAGAGCAUCCUGGCUGCUGCAGAGAAGGCAGGAAUGGCCACAGAGCAAGCCCAAAAGUUUCUGGGGAAAAUGACUACAGCACAGGUGAAGGACAAGCUCAAGGAGACUACUGAGGCAGCCUGCAAAUACGGGGCCUUUGGGCUGCCUUUCACUGUUGCCCACGUGGAUGGUAAAACACACAUGUUCUUUGGCUCUGACCGCAUGGAGUUGCUAGCCUACCUGCUGGGAGAGAAGUGGAUGGGCCCUGUGCCCCCAACCCCAGGUGCUACACUGUAAGGUUGCCUCAGGAAGCAAACUUCGAUUUCUCUGUUUGAGGAAGCUACCUUUCCUGGCUGGCCCUAUGGGCUGAAGCAGGAUCCUGCCUUAGAUGUGCCUGCCUUUACUUCUGAGCCUCACAAGUGCCUUUUGGAAAUCCUUAGGUUCUGCAUUCAUAAAAUAAACCUGAUGCCACUAGA